AGUUCGAUGCAACUGUUUACACCUGACGUGUACGAAGCAGAGACUGCCGAAUCACAUUGUGAAAAUUCUGACGCAAACCCUGUAGAGUUGAGUAUAUAAUUAGAACACUCCAGUAAGUAUCUGUUCUUUUUUAAUUGCAGUGUUUUCAGUAGUACCAAAUGGAUGUUUUAAUCUGACAUUGUGGAAAGAACGACAUGGAUAUAUCUUGUCGGCCAGGGGCAUGGGUUCAUCAGUGCAUGCGUGAAAAAUAACGUUACCGGACACUUCAAUGAUGGCGUUGAUACAGGGAGUGAGAAUACUGAACCUCAUCAGUGUGUCAUUGUUUCUAAUCUGUUGCUACCACAUGUUGGUCAACACACAGAAAGUGCCACCUGGUGGAGAAAAGGUUCGGAAUGGGGGAGCACUUACACUUGUACCCCAGGAUCCGACGGAAGAUGAUGCCGAAGUAACUGUUGAAAGUAGUGAGGAAAUAGAAGAGGAUGUUCCCAGUAUGGAUGUGUUUUACCCAACAAAAGAAUGGAAAUCCAUUAAGAAAGGUCAGUCUGUACCUGCAGGUCUCCAUGUUCGCAUGAACCUACAGACAGGUGACAGGGAGGCGAAGCUAAUGGAGGGCGAUGAAGAAAGCAAAUAUUGGAAAUCAGGUGACCGGGAAGGUAUGCUAAAUCCAAAGGAAAAGUCUUUCACUCCACAACAGCUCAAAGAGGCUUUAAAGGAAUUCAAAACAACCAAGUUAGAUGAGCAGGAUAACAAAGAGAGAGAGAAGGAAGUAUUGAAGACAUUUAGGAAGUAUGAUGACAUAAAGAAGGAGCUUUCUGACAUGAACACACAGAUAAAGACGGAUGGAGAGAUAGUUACGGAGAUGUUCCAUAGACUGAACUCAACAGACUUGGAUGACACGCAGAAAAACGAUCUUUUAAAUGAUCUGGAGUUUUAUCUUCAUCAGAUUGACAAUGCCCAGGUAUUCUGUAACCUUGGUGGGAUGAAACUGUUGAUGAAGGGACUCAACGAUAGCCUAGCCCUCACUCGGGAACAGUCAGCAUUUGUUAUUGGUUCAGCUGUACAAAGUAAUCCCGAGGUACAGAUCAAGGCUUUGGAGGCAGGGAUCCUACCCCAGCUGAUACGACUGUUGUCUACGGAGACUGAGGUCAAGGUUCUACCACGUCUCCUUUACGCGAUGUCCUCACUGAUCCGACACUUUCCCCACGCUCAGAAACGUCUUCUCGACCUCGGGGGCAUCACUGCACUAAAGGGCAUGUUUCCUAACUCCAGAGACCUGUCGAAUCUACAGAUCAAAGUUAUAACCCUUCUCCAGGAUCUUAUCGUAGAAAAGGAUUUUGCAAUGUCAAUGGAAGCCAAAAAUACAGACAAAGCUCAACAGUAUAAAAUGGUCCACCUCUGUGAUGCGAUAAGGGAGCAGGGCCUUUGUGCGUGGUUACCACGACUACUGGAGGCCCCUGACCAUGACGGCAGGGAGAAGGUACUCCAGGCAAUGAUGACACUUAAGGAUACCUGUCGGGAAGACAUUGUAUCGGCUAAUUCUUUACUACAGAAGCUCCUCAAGGAGUACACGAGUUUAGCUGCAGAAGAAACUGAACAAGAUGAUCAGUAUUUUACAGGAAUCGCACAAUAUAUUAAACAAAUUAUAUCGUCAUCUCCAACUGAUUCCAAAGAUGAACUUUAACACACCCUAUUUUUUAAAAUCACUUCUUAACACACAUUUUUAAUAUUAAAUCGCUUCAUAAGAGAGUGUUCACUUUUUAUAUUAAUUU